AUGACCGAGGUGAAGGCCAAGGAGCCCCGAGCGCCUUCGUCCGCCCGAGACGGGGCGGUGCUGCUGCAGGCUCCCCCCAGCCGCGGAGAAGCGGAGGGCAUCGACGUCGCCCUGGACGGGCUGCUCUACCCCAGAAGCAGCGACGAAGAGGAAGAGGGCGAGGAGAAGGAGGAAAAGCCACAGCAGCGGGAGGAGGAGGAGGAGGACCGGGAGGACCGGGACUGCCCCUCGUACCGGCCGGGCGGCGGCUCGCUUUCCAAGGACUGUCUGGACAGCGUCCUGGACACCUUCCUGGCUCCCGCGGCUCAUGCCACGCCCUGGUCCCUGUUCGGGCCGGAGGUGCCAGAGGUGCCCGUCGCCCCUAUGAGCCGCGGACCUGAGCAGAAGGCUGUGGACGCCGCCCCGGCGGCUCCCGGCCCCUCGCAGCCGAGACCCGGGGCUCAGCUGUGGCCGGGCGCCGACACUCUGAGCGUCGCCGUGAAAGCGCGUCCAGGAGCCGAGGGCCCCAGCGAGGGUAGAGCCCCGGGGCUGCCCAGCGCCGAGGAGCGCGGCUUCCCGGAGCGGGACGCGGGGCCCGGAGAAGGCGGCCUAGCGCCCGCCGCGACCGCUUCCCCGGUGGCUGUGGAGCCGGGCGCGGGGCAGGACUACCUGCACGUGCCCAUCCUGCCGCUCAACUCUGCCUUCCUGGCCUCGCGCACGCGGCAGCUGCUGGACGUGGAGGCGACGUACGAGGGCAGCGCCUUCGGACCGCGCUCCUCGCCCUCCGCCCCCGCCGCGGACUUGGCGGAGUACGGCUACCCGCCGCCCGACGGCAAGGAGGGUCCCUUCGCUUACGGCGACUUCCAGAGCGCGUUGAAGAUCAAGGAGGAGGGCGUCGGUCUGCCCGCCGCCCCCCCUUCGUUCCUGGGCGCCAAGGUUGCCCCCGCCGACUUCGCACAGCCUCCGCGUGCCGCGCAGGAGCCCUCGUUGGAGUGCGUCCUCUACAAGGCCGAGCCGCCCCUCCUGCCCGGCGCGUACGGACCGCCGGCGGCCCCCGACAGCCUGCCGUCCACCUCGGCCGCGCCGCCCGGCCUCUACUCGCCGCUCGGCCUCAACGGGCACCACCAGGCGCUGGGCUUCCCCGCGGCCGUGCUGAAGGAGGGCCUGCCCCAGCUGUGCCCGCCCUACUUGGGCUACGUGCGGCCAGAUACAGAAACCAGCCAAAGCUCCCAAUACAGCUUUGAAUCACUACCCCAGAAGAUUUGUCUCAUCUGUGGCGACGAGGCUUCUGGUUGCCACUACGGAGUACUCACCUGUGGGAGCUGUAAAGUCUUCUUUAAAAGGGCAAUGGAAGGGCAGCACAACUAUUUAUGUGCUGGAAGAAAUGACUGCAUAGUUGAUAAAAUUCGUAGGAAGAAUUGUCCAGCGUGUCGCUUGAGGAAGUGCUGUCAAGCUGGAAUGGUCCUGGGAGGUCGAAAAUUUAAAAAGCUUAACAAAAUUAAGGUUGUGAGGACAUUAGAUGUUGCACUCCAGCAGCCAGCAGCCCUUCAGGAUGAAAGCCAGUCUCUAUCGCAAAGGCUGUCCUUUUCUCCAAAUCAAGAAAUACAGUUUGUUCCCCCAGUGAUAAGUGUUUUGCGAGGCAUUGAGCCUGAAGUUGUCUAUGCUGGUUAUGACAAUACAAAACCUGAAACACCAAGUUCCUUGCUGACCAGUCUAAAUCAUCUUUGUGAGAGGCAACUUCUUUGUGUAGUCAAGUGGUCAAAAUUGCUACCAGGAUUUCGGAAUUUACACAUUGAUGAUCAGAUAACUCUCAUCCAGUAUUCCUGGAUGAGUCUAAUGGUUUUUGCAAUGGGAUGGAGAUCAUACAAACAUGUCAGUGGUCAGAUGUUGUAUUUUGCACCAGAUCUGAUUCUGAAUGAACAGAGGAUGAAAGAAUCGUCGUUCUAUUCGCUGUGUCUCUCCAUGUGGCAGCUCCCACAGGAGUUUGUCAGACUCCAAGUUAGUCAAGAAGAGUUUCUAUGUAUGAAAGCACUGCUGCUUCUCAAUACAAUUCCUUUGGAAGGUCUAAGAAGUCAAAACCAAUUUGAUGAGAUGAGAACGAGUUACAUUAGAGAACUGGUGAAGGCCAUUGGCUUGCGCCAGAAAGGUGUUGUGGCUAAUUCCCAGCGUUUCUAUCAGCUUACAAAACUGAUGGAUUCCAUGCAUGAUCUAGUGAAACAGCUCCAUCUCUUCUGUCUGAACACAUUUCUCCAGUCCCGUGCACUGAGCGUUGAGUUCCCUGAGAUGAUGUCAGAGGUGAUUGCUGCACAGCUGCCCAAGAUUCUGGCAGGGAUGGUGAAACCUCUUCUCUUUCACAAGAAGUGAAAUGUCUUUUCUCUUACCAUAGGGAUGAUUUCUGGGUCGGUUUUUGUUUGUUUAUUUUGGUCAAGAUUUUGCAAUGUCAGGACUUCAGUGUAUUUGUCAUACCCUGCCUACUGCUUUGUACUUGUAACAUACACAAGCCAUUUAAGCUUGAUGUACAUAUUGUGAGUUCCUGAUUCCUUAGCUGCAAAAAUCACAACAGUCGGAAGAAAUGUUUUGUAAACUUGGGUAGAUUGCUAUUUAGAUAUGCGUAAGAAUGACACUAGAGUUUUCAGAUUUCUAAGAACAGUUAUCUUAUACAUUUUUCUUACAUAUUACACACUUUCAGAUUUCUGAUACGUCAUGGUGAAAACUUUUUAAUACAUUGUGUGCAUGUGUACACGUGGGCAUGCGCAUGGUCCUGAAGUUUUUGAGGGAAUUAAAAUGUAUAUUGCCCACACUUUCUCACGGAUAUUUGACUUUUUAUUUACUAAUCUGCUUCACAGAAAUAUCCUUUCAAAGUCAGCUGUUCAAGUUUAAGUAGAUACCACUGCAAUGCCUUCAUGAGUAACUAAAGCGCUCUCUGUAAAACGUGUGAAUAUGGAUUCAUGUUCUUCUCUGUGCUCAUAUUGUAUUGAAAUUCUGAUACCAGUGUGCUUCUUUCUGCAUCAUUCAGUGCAGUUCUUCAAAAAUCAGAAGGCAGAGGAAAAUUUCAGUAUAUAUUACACCAGAAGUAAGAUGUAUGUAAACCCACACGGCUUCAGUUUGUGUUAUUUUCCUUCAAAGUUUGGCACUUAGUAAAGCUAAAACACAUUGUUGUAAUCUUAAAUUUAGCAACUUAAAAAUUAUGUAUUUCAGAAGUUUUAAAUGGAAAUAUUUUCCAUGACUCUCAAUAAUCUUGAUGGUUUGAAUUCCUCCGUAUGCUUAACCAACACUACCAUCAAAUUUUAGAGAGGUUAGAAACAAAAAGAAGUGGAAAAUAUGACCACAGACAUUUUUAUAUACUUAACAUUCAUCUUAAAACAUUUAGUGAAGCUACAUAUUUUUACUUCAAAGGCGUGCUGUUUUAGUUGGAGUAACUGUAUGAAGAGUUGGGCUAAACUAGCAUUAUACAUUCAUGAAGAAUGUCAUGGUUUUCCUGGAAAUGAAAUAUUUGACUAAAAACAAUAAUGCGAUGGUUGUUGUUCCUUUUGUAUGGACAUGAAGCUACUUAUAUUUGAGGCAGUAAACUGCUGAUAUAUUCAGAUGAAGAGAUGGAUAAGCCCAAGAAGAAUUUGGAUUAUUAAAAUCUGACGAAUUUUUGCUAGUCACUAAAGACAAUACCCAGCUUCUCUAGCACUAAUCAGUGUAGGAAAUUGCAAGUCCUGGAUGACUGCUGGCCAUAUGCUUUUCCCCAUUAGACACUGGAUGCAUCCAUUGUGGUAGCAUUCUGCUUAUGGUAUGUAAUAUGGGAUGAAUGGACUUGUCUUUGUCAGGUAAGCUAAGGCCCACCAAGAGGAAGCUACAUAACAGAUAGGAAUAGAAGUUUCCUACAUAGUACAAAACCCACUGGAGUUGUGGCAAAGAAGUGACCCAAGGAAAAAUGGUCUAAGCAGACUUUUGUGCUUGUUUACUAGGUUCGUAACUUUUAACUGCCCCUAAACAAGAUAUUUCUUACUUAUUCAAUACAGUCUGACUUUCAACUGUCAUCCUGAAAGCAAUUGUGUUUUAAUAAAUAACACAAAAUUCUGUUUCUACAUACCAAAGUUUUGUUUUCUUUAAUUUUCUUUGUAUUUACAUUCAGUUAUACAGUUGUCCAUUUCAACCAUUCAUCUUUUGUGUAACAACAAUAUUUUCAUGCAUUCCUUGGGGGUUUAAGCAUAUGAUUUACCAGAAUAACCAGACUUUCUAUGUUAGUUAAGAUUAAACUGUUAUCAGAAACUUCCCAUACUAAAAGUGGUUCCACAACACAAGACAAAAUCACAGGAUGCUAGGGGCUGGAAGGGACCUCUGGAGAUCAUCCAGUCCAACCCCCUGUUAAAGCAGGUUUCCUACAGGAGGAUGCACAAGGAAGUGUCCUGCAGGUUUUGAACAUCUUCAGAAAAGGAGACUCCACAACUUCUCUGGGCAGCCUGUUCCAGUGCUGUCACCCUCCCAGUAAGUAAGGAUGUUCUUUCUCAUGUUCAGAUGGAAAUUCCUGUUUCCCAGUUUGUGCCCAGUUCCCCUUGUUCUGUCACAGGGAACCACCAAAAAAAGCCUGGCCUUAUUUUAUCUGGGCCUCUCAGUCUUUUCCAGGCUGAACAGUCCCACAUCUCUCAGCCUUUCCUCGUCAGGAAGAUGCUUCUCCAGAUCCCAAACUGUAUUUGUGAUACAACUCCCUUGGAUUCUUUCCAGAAAUUCCCUGUCUUUCUUGAACUGGAGAGCCCAGAUCUGGACACUACUCCAGAUGUGGCCUCAUCAGGGCAGAGUAGGGGGGGAAGGGUCACCUCCCUUGCCCUGCUGGCCACACUCUUCAUAGUGCACUCCAGGAUACCCUUGGCCUUCUUGGCCACAAGGGCACACUGCUGGCUCAUGGAACAUCCUAAUCCUGAAAACAGAAAACGGAGCAGGCAUUACAUGUGCUUUAGGAAUGCUCUGGAUAAAUCAACAUCUGCCUUUGCUGAAGCCCUAACAUUUGUUCCAAGUGUCUGCUGUGUCACUGUCCCACAAGUAGGGCAGAUUAAUUUGAAAUUAACUACGUUUGUCUCAAAGGCAUAAUCCAAAAAGGAAGAAAAGAUGUCUUUUGGGAAUAGUUUACAAAGGUUACCACAUUAUCAAAUGGUGUUUCUUGAAGAUCUCUAACUCACAGAAAAAAUCCUGGAAUUUCAUGAUCGUGCUAAAUGGUCCACUGCACAACUCAGGACAAACUUGGAUAAAUAUGAUUGCUAAUUUAUAUAUGAUUGCUGAUUCAAUUUAAAAUCUUGCAUUCAUUACUUGAUUGUCUGAAGUUGGACAAAAGUAGUUUAAUUUAAGAUCUUCCAGCUUUGAACAGAGUUUAUGAGGAGCCAAUAGUCUCCAUUCCGAUGCCAUCAUUUGUUCCAGAUUACAUAGGUGCCAUUAACAGUAAUCAGGACACCAGAUUAAUUUCUUCCUCAUGGAAAUCUCAUCUACUGUGACUUUUAUUGCACAUUUGUCCAGAAAAUGACUUGCAAACCUUUUUUCUUUGAGGGUUUUUUUUUUUUUUUACAGAU